GAGCAGAUGGUCGUUCGUUUAAGGCGUUUGGCCGUCCAGAGGUGGCCGUUGGGACUAGAUGGCCGUCCACUUUGAGCAGAUGGCCGUCCAGAGGUUUCCGUUGGGGGCAAACAACCGUCCACCCUAGCCAAACGGUCGUCCAUGGGCGACCGUUAGGGGCAGAUGACCGUCCACUUAGAGCAGACGGCCGUCCGCCCCUGUUUUUUUUGCCUAUAAAUUUGGGCGCCCCAAAUGGCUCAUGA